AUGGUAGACGUAAUACGAGAGAGAGCUAAUGUUCUUUUUUCUAAAAAAGAAUAUCAUGAAGCUAUUAAAUUAUAUAGUGAAGCAAUUGGAAUAGAACCAAGGAAUUAUUUGCUUUAUUCAAAUCGUUCGGCAUGUUAUGCGUCUAUUAAAGACUUUGAUAAAGCACUUGAAGAUGCCGUUAAGUGCAUAGAAAUUAAACCAGACUGGCCAAAAGGAUGGUCUAGAAAAGGAGCAGCAUUACAUGGAAAGGGAGAAUUAGAGGAAGCUAAAACAGCGUAUGAAGAAGGGUUAAAAUUAGAGCCUGAAAAUCAACAACUUAAAACAGGAUUAAAGGAGGUUGAGCUUUCUGUUUCUAAAGAAUAUCCUAAAGGUUUUCAAAAAAACGAUCCAUUUGCACAUAUAACUUCUAAAUUAAAAGAUCCUUUACUUUUUUCAAAAAUGGCAUCAAAUCCAAAAACUUUAGGUCUCUUAUCUGAUGUAGAGUUUAUGGAAAAACUUAAAAAAAUACAACAAAAUCCUGAAAAUAUUAUUCAGGAACUUAGUGAUCCACGUAUGACUUUAGUUCUUCCCUUGCUUCUGGGAAUAGAUUUAGAUGCAUCUAACAAUGUUAAUGGGAGCGCAAAAAGUACAGACUCUUCACCUUUAGAAGAUACUAUGGAAAUGGAUCAGGAACCUAUUUCAAAACAAGAAAUAGCAGAGGAACCCAAGCUAGAGCCAAUGCCAGAAAUGGAGUCAACGUCUAUGGAUGAUGAUGAAGUUGAAGAGACCAGAAUUAAAAAGGAAAAUAAAGAAAAAGCAGAAAAAGAAAAAUGUCUUGGAAAUGAAUGCUAUAAAGCACGAAAAUUCAAAGAAUCAAUCCAACAUUAUCUUGCUGCAUGGGGCCUUUUUAAGGAUAUUAGUUAUUUAACUAAUUGUUCUGCAGCAUAUUAUGAAGAUGGUAAUUACGAAGAGUGUAUUAAGUGUUGUGAAGAAGCGAUUGCAUACGGGAGAGAGAUUCUUGCCGAUUUUAAAUUAAUUUCUAGGGCUUUUGGGAGAAUUGGGUCAGCAUAUAUGAAACAAGAAAAAUAUGAUUUAGCUAUUAAGAAUUUUAACUGUUCUCUUACAGAAUAUAGGACUCCUGAUAUUCUUAAAAAGCUUAGAGAGGCAGAAAAAAUCAAAGAUGAAAAGGAUAGAUUAGCAUAUAUUGAUCUUGAUAAAGCUGAUGAAGCGAGAGAGGAAGGAAACAAGCUUUUUAAGGAAGGUGAUUUUUGCGGUGCAAUAAAAAUGUAUUCCGAAAUGAUAAAAAGGUCGCCAAAUGAUCCUAGGGGCUAUGGAAACAGAGCUGCUGCAUAUAUCAAAGUUAUGAGUUUAAAUGAUGCUCUUAAGGACUGCGAAAAAGCAAUUUCACUUGAUCCUUGCUUCACAAAAGCUUAUCUUCGUAAAGCUUCCUGUUAUUUUGCCAUGAAGGAAUAUAAUAAAUGCAUUGAUACAUGUCAUGCAGCAACCAAAGCAGAUGAAGAUAGUAAUAAUAAAGGUUUACAUGCAAAAGAUAUUGAACUCCAAUUACAAAAAUGUAUGUCUGCUAUGUAUGCUCAACGUGAGAAUGAGACAGAGGAAGAAACAAUACAACGUAUUCAAGGUGAUCCUGAAAUUGUUGCUAUUUUGCAAGACCCUAUAAUGCAAAGUAUUUUAACUCAGGCUCGUGAUAAUCCAUCGGCUUUGGAAGAACAUAUGAAAAAUCCCCAAGUUGCAAGCAAAAUACAAAAGCUUAUACAUGCAGGUGUUAUUAAGAUUACAAGAAGAUAAUUUUUUAUAAUAAUUAUUUUUUUGUUUAUUUUAUAUUGAAGA